AUGACAAUUUUGAUUACACUUUUGGGCAACAAAGCCAAGUAUAAGAAUACAAUCAAACGCCUUUUGGAUGAUAGCAGAGAUGGUGGUCAAAGACAUUCUGAGAGACAAGUGACUGGGAGAGGAUCUAUUGCUCCAAGGCAUGAUUUUAGUAAGGAGAAAAGUCAGAAGAUCUAUAGAGGAAGAGGUGUUCUGUCAGCUAUCAAGGGAGCUGCUGGUACAAUAGUUAAUAAGGCAAUCGACAUUCUACCAGUUGAACUUCAUAUCCCUGGCUAUCAAUACUGUGGACCAGGAACAAAACUUCAGAAGCGAUUAGCACAAGGUGAUCCAGGGAUCAACAAACUUGAUCAGGCUUGCAAGGAGCAUGAUAUUGCCUAUUCCAAGAGUGGUGAUACAGCAAGCAGAGCAGUAGCAGACAGCAUCUUGGCAGAGAGAGCCUGGGACAGAGUGAGAUCUGAAGAUGCAGGGGUGUUGGAAAAAGCUGCAGCACUAGCAGUCACCAACAUCAUGAAGGCUAAGGCAAAAUUUGGGGGAGGUAUGAAAAGAUCACUGAAGGAAGUCAGCAGGGUGGCUGAGAACGGGAAGAAACAAAAGAUUCAGCCAUCACAGAAAAAAUCAGUGAAAGGAGGUCGAGGAGGAGCUAGGGUCAUUGAGAAUGCCCAUGCUAAAUGUCCUAACAUGGAGGAGGCGAAGUGGGAGUCGCUGAAAAUAUCCAUCUUCAAUGCCACCCUGAUCCAGAGCAGCACGGCCAUGCUGAUCCAGAGCCUCCCAUGGACAUCCCGAUCCAGCAUGUCCACCAUGGACACAUUAAUCUGGUGUGAUAGAGGUCUCCAUGACCAUGCAGAGUGA